AUGCUCUCAUCCCGAGAUACCUCCAUGCUCGGCAUUGACACUACAACUAUUCACGGCGGCGAUAUUACCAACACUGGUAAAGAGGGUAUGAGCAGAAUCAGCACUUACGUCUCUAGAGUAUUCAGCUCGCUCUUGGGCCAGGCUGUCCUCAAAGGCAUUUCGUUAGUUCGUGUGGGCCUCCGUCUAAUACUGCCACAGUAUCAACGAAACAGUCGCUACAAGAAGGGCAACGUGGACAACGCUCCGCUUACGAGCAGGGCCUUAUUCCCAAUGCCUGGCACGUCUCACGACCUUGGACUUCCCCGGAUUCAGGCGGAGUCAUCAGGGUCUGGCGUGGAGGCAGAACUGGGUCUUGGUCCACCGACAUGA